AUGUUAUCUACCACGAAAGAAGAAAAACUUACGUGCCGCUCAUCGGCAUCAGACUCCCCACCUCGCCUCAGUAUCUCGCAUCGGUAUCUUGCGCCAGGUGUACCAUUGGUAUCCCAUAUCGCGUCGGACAAUUUCGGACUCGGACCUUCGAGCUUACUUCUUCCUUUCUCUUCCCUCACACUAUUUGAAGGAAGUGCUUCAAUAGCAGUCCCCUUGGGUCGAAGUACUGCACUCACACCCAUUUGGAUUACCGCACUAGACGAGUUCCAUGCGAACAAGCAUGCAAUCAUCGCUGCUGGUGUUCGUCAAGGAAAAGGUGGUAAAGUCAUUGACAACUGGCAGAUUCCCAAACUCGAGCUCAUGCAGAGUGUCAUCUCCAGCAUCUGCAAUUCCGGCGUUAUAGCACAGUGGUCUGCGGAUGUUACCGAGCAUGCGCACAUCACUGAGGUCAAAGACCCUGCAAGGGCUAGCAACAACAACAACUACAAUCCACAAAUCUGUCGCUAUCUUGAUCGUGCCGAUAACCUGUUAGAUUGCUCAGAGGACUCGGGAGUUGUUUGGGAGGACAAUGCUGAGGAGGAUGAGGAGAUUGAUGAAGAUGUGAAUGACUUUCCUGCGGAGCUACUGUCCCCGAGUCGAAGACCCGGACAACCAUGUCCUAUCACAAAUUACUUUUUGAUCGCCAAAAUACUCCAAGAGAAGGAAAUUGGAUCGGUACCCAUCCCACUUCGUUCUUUUGUCAUUGGGCGCACUGCUCUCAAUCUUGCUUACACUCCAUCUAUCAAGCAUGCUACUGUCGAUGAAAUCGCCAUUAUGUUCGGCCUGCCUGACUUGCGACUGGCUCUCGCCGAUUUUGUAGUCCUAGAAGAGCUGCGCAUGACUGAUGAGCUUCCAUUUGACCAAGUUCCAGUGUGGUUCAAAAUUCGUUUGCAGGAGACCGAGUUUCAUAAUCCGCAUGGUCGUUACGAUACAGUUAUUAUUCAGACUAGCUCAGGGGGGCACUCCUGGCCUGCCAGUGGCCUUUCAGGGCACUCCAUUGCCCAGAUUAGGCUUGUCAUUCGGCCUCUUGGGAGACGGGGGGCACAAUGGGCAUGGGAAGAUAAAUUCUUAACCUACGUCCAACGGUUCAAUAUCUCCAGUGAGCGCGAUCCAACCACUCAGUUCCAUACACUGAAAAGAGCGAUGCGCUCUAAUGGUACACGGAUGGGCGAAAUCAUUCCAGUGUCUCAAUUUAGAGCGCCCAUCCACCCUGUUCCACGUUUUGGUGCUACUGCGGACACCCGUCUCACAGCGUAUAAUAGCAUGGAGCACCCUAAAAGAUACACCAUGUUCUUGGAGACUCCAUUGUUGAAUACCAUUGACAUCAUUUUGUACUCAGUCAUGGCACCCAUAGAACACAGCAAAACCGUAGACUUCGGGAUAAAGCUGGCAUUGUUGAUGUCAGCUCCCCAUGUCAGUGAUGUGCCCACACUGGACAAACUCACCGAUCUCGAGCUUAAUCACUUAAUUGUGGAAGAAGAAGAACCAGCUGAUGCUGUCCAGCCUCUCAGUCAUAUGUUGACACAGAUUUUUAGGACAUUUACCCUUGAGGUCCCAGAUGCUACAGAGCUCCAGAGAACUGUAGAUGGAACUGGGCCCUUCCAAAAUCGCAUCGUGAAUCCGGCAUCAUUCAGUUACCUGAUCUUGAAGAGGGUGGAGACAGAGGAGAAUAGUGGGGCAAACAAGGAGUCUGGAAGUGGAGGUACUAGUGGUGGCGAGGGCCCUGCAGAGGUCAGCACUACCAGCGGCGAUACCAGCCCCAAACCGCACACGUUGGAAGACAUCUUCUCGUCAUUUUUUAACACCACAUGUGGUGCUGUUGCCCAGGAGAAGCCAAAUGAAGUUAUGGCAGCAAACAGCGGAGCAGUGGUUCACACUUGGAGUGCUCACAACUCCACACGUCCCGUAAAGGAUCAAGAAGUCUCGCGGAAGCCAGACCUUGCGUUGUUGGAUGACGUGGAGGCUCGAUGGGACACCAUUAAGGCGCCUCGAGUGUAUUGGCUACAACCCUUCAAUCAGCAUAUUCACGAAGAUGCUUCGCCCUGCUCAACUCGAAAAUCCAACAUCUCGCCCUUCUACGAGCAAACAACCUACAUGAGAUCAAUUGAAGGCACUGGGCCCAAGAUGAUCAUCGACACACCUGAGUCUGACUCAGAGAUAGACCCGGACGUGGAGAUUGGAGAGAGCCUCCCUAGAGACCCCCCUCAGCUAGACAUACCCCAAGAUCCUCUCCGCACAACUUUCUCAGACCCGAUUGGCAGGAUCAUAGUGAACAAUCAUGCAUACGAUAUCCUCGAGGUUAUUUUCUCUAGUCAAGGGCUUGUUGGACGCGGCACCGUCUGCUAUCUAGCCAGGAGGGAUGACGAAGAAUAUAUCAUCAAGGAUCAUUGGGUCCUCGGGAGUAAAGAUGCGGUGUUAAACGAAGUUGAGAUGCUGUGGGAGAUGCAAGGGGUCCAUGGUGUGCCAGAACUAGUUGAAUAUUGGCUUGUUGAGAUCGCACCCAACGAAGUUGAUGAAACAAUGAACUAUCGGUACAAAGUUUUUGGAAGUAUCAAAGGCACCUCUCAUACGCAUGUUCAUUUGGUUUUGAAGCCUCGUGCGCAACCUUUGCAUGCAUUCCAGACCAAAUUAGAGUUGGUAGCGGUCGAGGACCGUCGAAUUCUUCACCGUGACUGUAGUCUAAACAACGCUAUGAUCAAGGAUGAUGGCGACGGGACCAACGGAAUGCUAAUCGAUUGGGAAUUUGCUGUGCAUAUGCAUGCAGAUCAAAAAUACACUAUCGGUGGGACGCUCUCAGAGGCUGUUGGCAAUGUUGCGACAUCUGCUCGCAGCUGGAAGGCAAAGGUUGCCACGGGCCCCCUUGGAGUUAGACGCGAUCUUUCGGCUGAGAGGAGUCAAGAGUGGCUACCACAUCUAUGGGCCGCUGACUCAUUCAAAGCAGGCAGCGAUGUGAAGACUUCGUUUUUUUUCCACCCCAACGUGGACAAACUCAAGAAACAAUUCCAUCCCCACUUCAAGACGCUACUCCCACUUGCGACGCAAUGGUACGACUUGAUGAGGAACAAAGGACCAUCAAGUGUAGUAACUUUCCAGGAGGUCCUCCAUCUAGUGGAAGCGCAACUCGCCAAGCUUCCAAAGGACAAACCUUCCCCUGAGCUUCUGUUUGCAAAGAAGGUCAUUGCAGCUCUCCCGAAAAAGAGACAUGCGAGUGACUUUGAGGGUGAUGAUGGCAAUGAUCAUCUAAACAAACCUUCGAUUAUAGAACGUGGCAUGAUCUGGGGUCGGAAGGGUUGGACGAUGGAAGUUACGCCCCAGCCCAAGCGGAGCAAAACUACAUAA